UGAAAAUCACGUCCGCCAUGUCCGCGUCCUACUCAACGGCAGCAGUUUGCGAUUUUGAAAACAGAGACAAGUGCGAUUUGGUCCUCGACCCGCUUCUUGAGAACAUCUUAUCGAAGGAGAAGGACUACGAUAAGCUCGCCCACUACUGGACCGCGUGGCACGACACCAUGUCAAACGCCGUCACUGCGCAACAGUACUCGGGCUACAUCCAGCUCUCGAAUGAGAUCUCGCAAGCCAACGGGUUUCACGACACGGGCGAACAAAGUGCCGACGCCUACAACGACUUCACGCCCAACUGGACUUUCGACCUCUUCCGGCAAUCCAUGGCCGACAGCUUCGCCGCCAUCAAGCCGACCUACAUGAAGCUCCAUGCCUACGUGCGGAUGAAGAUGAGGAACUAUUACGGGCCAAAGGUCACCCAUCCCUUGGGAUUCAUGCCCAUCAAUAUUUUGGGAAAUAUGUGGGGACAGGAAUGGACUGCUAUCCACGGUGUCACGAAACCAUUCCCGAACGCGCCUUCGCUCGACGCCACGAGCGCAUUUCUUGCAAAGGGUUACACCGUUGAGCGGAUUUACCAAGAAGCGGACAAAUUUUUCCAAGAACUCGGCCUGUUUCCGAUGAGCCCGCACUUCUGGCAGAAGUCGAUGGUCGCCAAGCCCAGCGACGGGCGGCAGGUCAUCUGCCACGCCACGGCCUUCGAAUUCUGCCAGCGCGUUCCUCGCGGAGAAAAUGCGGAUUACCGUAUACGAAUGUGCACCCAAGUCAACCAGGCAGAUUUCGCCACGGUGCAUCACGAAAUGGGUCACAUUCAGUAUUACAUGGCCUACGCGCAUCAACCCUUCCCCUUCAGAAACGGGGCGAACCCCGGAUUUCAUGAAGCCAUUGGGGAUUCACUCGAUUUGACCGUGGAGACGCCGAAGCAUCUUCAAUGCGCUUUGCAACUCUCGACGGGAACGGAGCUCGAUUGCGACGCGAUCAUGAGAGGCGAACCCGUCGACGCCAAACCGACGGAGGCCGACUUGAAUUUGUUGUACUUCAAAGCCCUGGAAAAGUUCCCCAUGUUUGGUUUCUCUUACUCGAUGGAGAGCUGGAAAUGGGAAGCGGCUUCCGGAGCGAUGACCCCGGAACAAUACAACGACCGAUGGUGGGACAUUCGUCGCGAGAAUCAGGGCCUCAUCCCACCCGCGGACAGACCCUCGACGGGAUUCGACCCCGCUGCCAAGUAUCACAUUGUCGCCGAUGUGGAGUACAUUCGCUACUAUUGGAGCAACAUCCUGCAAUUCCAGUUCUUCCAGGCGAUGUGCAUCUACGCCGGAGAGUUCAAUCUGGACGACCCCAACAGCAAGCCGCUGUACGAAUGCGACUUUUCUGGAAAUAGAAAGGCUGGCAAAAAACUUUUGAAAAUGCUGAGUCGCGGUAGUUCUCUACCUUGGCCGGAUAUUUUGGAGGAAUUUACAGGGUCCCGGAUAUUAGAUCCGGGCCCCAUUCUCAACUACUUCCGACCCCUCUUGGACUAUUUGGACGGUCAGCUGCAGGAAAAUGGGGAAAAUGCUUGUUUUGGACUGAACUGUUGAACACGCUCUUUAAAAUAAUUGACAGA